AUGAAGUGUCUCACUUCCAUGCGUCUCUGUGCGAGAUACAUCUCAAAUAGACCUUUCACCCGACUCUCGCCGCAGGCACCCGCAUUCCCCCUCACGCACCAAUUCCCGAGAAUGGCAUCCAGCGCGUUUCAUUUUGCCGAGGGCGAGGAUGCGCAGCAACUUACCCGCGAUGCUGAUGCUUUAUUGCAGCAGGGUUGGGUGCAGGAUGGAGACGGGAUGGGAGUCACGAAGACUUUUCAUUUCAAGAGUUAUUUCAAGGCUGUGGCAUUUGUUAAUAUGAUUGCGGCCGAGAGUGCGUCCAAGAAACAUCAUCCCACUAUGACAGUUCGGAUUGGCUCCGUCGAUGUGCACUGGACGACCCAUCGCCCACGCGGAUUCACACAAAAAGAUGUGACGAUGGCGCAGCAUUGUGAUCGAGGUGCUGAUCUGAUGGGUGCUGUUGAUCCUGGUCAGGGACUGAAGUGUGGUCCGACUGUUUAA